UUUUGGGUAACAACCCAUUGAUUCAAGAGAAGCUACCGACGUUAUGUUGUUGUGAAACUAAUAUAUGAUUAGACGACUGCUUAUUGCAGCUGACGCCUCAAAAUUAACGAGUCUGCUGUCAACUGCAGAUAUGUAUGGCCGUGGGAGAGGACACAGGGGUGACUCUUGGGGAGGACGCCCGGGCCGUGGGGGCAGAAGCUAUGGAGGCAGGAGGCAUGACGAUGAUGGGGACAGACAUGGCAGGAGAGACCGAGGCCACUCGAGACAUGGUGGCAGAGACUGGAGGGACAGCAAUGUGGAUGGUGGCAAUGAUGGUGAAAGCCACAGUGGUGGUGGUGGUGGUGGUCGGCCCCCUCCUGGUCUUCGAGGGCGAGACAUUGGAAUGUGGUAUGCCAGACGGAGCAAGGAGAAGAAGGAGAAGCAGGACAGAGAACAGAGACCAACAGUUGCCAUGGAUUCACAAAGAGAGCACCACAUUCGUGACCUCCUUGACAAAAUCAACUCCACAGAGCCUCGUGUAGAUAUGUUCGACAACCCACAUAUAAGGCCAGCAUCACAAUCAAACUCACUUGACAACAAAAACUGGGCAGCAAGUUCUCCCCAAGACAUGUUCGACAACCCAAAUGGAGAGGCCAGCUCUCGGCCACAGGCUGUAGUGAAAGGAGCAAGUGCAUUCCCUGAAACUACAGACUUUAGAGAUGAUAAGGAUGAAGAUGAGCUAGAAGAGGAAGUGCCAUCCAUGUCGGCCAUUAUAGAAUAUGCAAAAGCUGAGGAUGAAUUCCCACUGGCCGAGAGUUCUGUUGAUUUUGACGGUGCGAAGUAUGCUGAAGACCCAAUGGAUGAGACAGAUCAUCUUAGUGACAGGCUGUUGGAUGAGUACAAUGAGAAACAGCUGCAUGACGACUUCUGCAAGAUGAUGCAGUUCAGGAAAAAGUUACCCUCUUAUGAAAUGAGGGAGAAACUGAUGGAUGACAUACGUAAUAACCAGGUUGUGGUGAUCAGUGGAGAAACUGGCUGUGGGAAAACAACACAGGUCCCACAGUUUAUCCUGGACGACCAUAUUGAGCUGGGGAUCGGGUCUCAGUGCCGAGUCAUCUGUACACAGCCCAGGAGGAUUAGUGCAAUAUCGGUGGCAGAGAGAGUGGCGGCAGAGCGGUGUGAGAGAUGUGGGGGAUCAGACAGCAGUGUGGGGUACCAGAUACGUCUAGAAUACAGAUUGCCACGAAAGAAUGGCUCUAUUCUGUACUGCACAACUGGAAUUGUCCUCAAGUUUCUUGAAUCUGACCCGCUUCUACAGAGAGCGACCCACAUUGUCCUGGAUGAGAUACAUGAGCGUGACCUUCAGUCGGACUUCCUCAUGAUCAUUCUCAAGGACAUUCUACCUCGCCGACCUGACCUCAAGGUCAUACUAAUGAGUGCCACACUAAAUGCAGCGAUGUUCUCAAAAUAUUUCAAUGACUGCCCCCAGCUGAACAUCCCUGGCUAUACGUUCCCUGUGGAAGAAUUCCUGUUGGAGGACGUUAUUGAAAUGCUGAAGUAUCAGCCUGAUUCAAGUCAGCCACAGCGUCGACGUCCCAGAGGGAAGCGGAGUCGUGAUGCAGAUGAAGAGCGAUGGAACUUUGAGGUCUGGUGCAGAAACCUGGAAGGGAGUUACUCACGCUCCACCAUUACAGCGUUGCAGAACAUGGACUUUGAUAAAAUCGACCUGGAUCUAAUUGCCGCCCUUAUCAGGCAUAUUACUUUGAAUAAGUCGGAGGGAGCAAUCCUGGUGUUUGUCCCUGGCUGGGAAGAGAUCAGCAAACUCCAUAAGAUGAUGCAGGCAGACAGGAUGUACAGCUCAGACAAGUUCCGUAUCAUUCCACUUCACUCACUCAUGCCAACAGUCAAUCAGAGGGAGGUGUUCAAUAGACCACCACCUGGUGUCAGGAAGGUUGUCAUAGCAACAAAUAUUGCUGAAACAAGUAUUACUAUCGAUGACAUCGUGUAUGUGAUCGACUGUGGCAAGAUCAAAGUGAAGGACUUCCAGCCAGAGAACAACCUCAGCACUCUGGAGGCCAAGUGGGUCUCCAAGGCCAACUCAAAACAGAGGCGUGGUCGAGCUGGCAGGGUGCAGCCUGGUGUGUGUUACCAUCUUUACACAGGACUGAAGUGGACCGAGGUCGAUGAUUAUCUCCCCCCAGAGAUUCUGCGGACACGACUUGAGGAACUUUGUCUCCAUAUCAAGUUGUUGAAGCUGGGGAAGAUUGAACCGUUUAUAUCUAAGGCGAUCCAGCAGCCAUCUAUGGAGGCUUUACACAGGGCAAUCAUUACAUUGCAGAAUUUGAAUGCCUUGGACAAGGAUGAGAAUCUACUUCCUCUAGGCUAUCAUCUGGCCCGUAUGCCAGUAGACCCUCACACUGGGAAGAUGAUCCUAUUCGGCGCUAUGUUCUGCUGUCUGGACCCCAUCCUGACUGUUGCUGCCAGCCUCAGCUUCAAGGAUGCUUUCUUUAUACCUCUGGGCAAGGAGGAGGAAGCUGACCGGGCACGGAAGGCGCUGUCUGAGGAUUCCAAGAGUGACCACAUCAUGCUCAUCAAGGCAUUUGAGGGCUGGGAGCGGGCAAAAUCCCGAGGAAAUGAUCGAGACUACUGCUGGCAGAACUUCUUGUCUCCAAGCACAUUGCGGCUGUUGAAGGACAUGAAGGGGCAGCUGGCCCAGCUGUUACUGGAGCUGGGGUUCAUCAAAAACAAGAAUCCGAAAGACCUGGCUGUCAAUGUCAACUCCAAUAACUAUGGGCUGGUGAAGGCGGUGCUUUGUGCAGGACUCUAUCCCAAUGUAGCCAAAGUGGCAAAAUGUCCACGACCAGGGGCGCCACCGUACAAAAUGGUGUCUCUCUAUACACGACAUGAAGGCAAGGCAGAUGUACACCCUAAAUCUGUCAACUCCAGAGAGAACUUCUUUGAGUCCAAAUGGAUGGUGUUCUAUCACAAGUUAAAGACAACCAAGGUGUAUGUCCAUGACUGCACAAUGGUGUCACCGUAUCCACUGCUGUUCUUUGGUGGAGACAUUGGUUCUGGAAAGGAUGGAGACCAGGAAACCGUGUCUGUAGAUGACUGGAUUGUCUUCAAAGCCUCACCCACCACAGCACAACUAGUCAAGGACCUGCGACGCGAGUUGGACAAGUUACUGGAACACAAGAUCACCCACCCUGGGCCCACCAGCUGGAGUGAGGCAGAGAAAGAGGGAGCUCUCAUGCGGGCUAUAUCAGACCUCAUCACUACAGAUGAAGAUCAGUUCCAGUCAGGGGUACUGGCAGCUCAUUCCACAGACACGCAGCAUCACAGGAGGAACAGACAUAAACGUUGGUGAUGUUUGUAUGCUAGACUGGAUAAUUAGGUGCAGUGUCAGCAUAUUCUAUGGACAGUAGUGGUGUUUCCUUGUGCAAACUGAAGCUGUUAAAUAGGCUCACCGAACUGAGCAUCACAGGAUGAAGGACAUGCUGGUGCUUGGGAGGUGUCAGUCGUGACAAGCUUUAACCACAACUGAUAACACCCGGGUUCGAUUCUCUGUGUGUACAAUGCGUGACGCCUCUUUCUAGUACCACAAUAUUUCUAAAAGCAGCAUAAAAUCAAAUUCAUUCUCUCAACGAUGACCCAGAGACUGGUGGUGUGGUCAGAUCAUGGCAAACUGAGAGGUAGGUAUGGAUGAUCAUGGCACAUGGUUUGUUGUUGUUGAAGCGCAUUCCAGGAGAAAAUGGUCUGGUCAGAAACAUGACUGCCCCCAAGAUGACAUGAUGGACAAUAAAUAAUAAUAAUAAGCAGCUUAAAUAAAUAUGUCAGACAA